CAUACAUCGUAUUUGGUCACACCUCAUUGGCGACUUCAACAGAAAUGAAAGUCGAGGUGAUCUUCAGUGUCAAUGUUAACGGCAAUCAGAACUGUCCAUCAGGCGUGCAGUGAGUGCUUCAUUAUGAGACUUACCCUCUUCCAGGUCGUGUACCUACUCACCCUUCUAACGCUCUCCGAUUUGCGAUCUCCCGAGGUUUACGAAAGCGUAGAUGAGGCCGCAACGGGUAACACCAAUCGAACGGGGAAUUUCGCAUCGAUUUCCCAACAGGACCGUCGAAAAUGGAGAUAUUUGGAGCAGCAGGUGGUCGACGCCCGACAUCAGGCCAGAAAUCGAGCGGUGAAGGGUCGGAAGCCAUCGGCUUUGAGGAAACGCGAUCUUAACGGCAUCCAUCCGAUAUCGCUCAACAACGCCCUAACGUACGUCGGCGAUAAGGAGGACCAAAUUAGUGUGCUGAACUCGCUCCUGGGAAAGGCACCCCUGGUGCAACUGCAAGAGCUCCAGCAGAUGUUGAGUGGGAAGGAUCACACGCCCAUCAUCGAAGACGUGGUGGACAUCGAAAACCCUCUGACCCGUCCUAAUGUUAAAACGGAUCCCGCGCCACCUGAACUUCAGGAGGCGGUGGCGAACACAUUCGCCCAAAGCCAGUUUAAGCAUCCGAGUUACGGACACGUUGUCUUAGUCCAGCCACGGAAGAACUCCGUUUUCCGGCAGGAUAACGUAAGUACCCCACCGAGACCUAAGCGCGACAGUGACUUCGACGACGAUUACGAUUUAGAGCAUAGUGACAGUGAAAGUGCGGGUGACCAAAAACGGUACUACAUCCACGAAACCACCACCGACCGAAAACCCAUCAAUUACAUCGUGAUCAACAACUCAAACGACCACCACACCUCCAGCAAACACGAACACCACAAACACAACCGGCCCAAACGCAAACACAGAACGCGCAAGCGGCCCCAUUUCCGCACCACCCGCAAACGAAAAAGAAAGAGACAACCAAAAAAGCUAAACAAAUUAAAGUACGUCCUGGGCAAAAUCGACGGUACCCACGGAUAGUGAGAGUCGGCCGCUUAAUUUAAAUAAAUUGUCAUCAUCCAAUCGGUAAAAGUUAAUAAACGAUUAUGCAAAUAAGAGUCUUUGAAUUAAUCACUUUCGCUUAGUCCCGUUUAAUUAUCGCCGAAGACUUUCUUA